AUGGAGUACGAGGAUUGUAAAUUACUUGUAAGAAUGGGUGUUCCUAGGGACCGGGUUCACAAAGCUGUAAUAGUAUCUGAGAAUUUAUAUCACUUUGACCUGUUUCCUAAGAUAGGUGAUAAGUAUCAUGAGUUUAACGAGUUUCUAUGUUACAAAAUCGCAGAAGUUGAGGUUGAUGGUGAAAUGAUCCUUCUAGUUUACCAUGGAGUUUCUGGUACAGCAGCCUCUCCAAUAUUGAGGGAAUUACUUGAAAUGGGUGUCAAAAUCGUUAUCAGGUGUGGAAAAUGUGGUUCAUACAAUCCAUGCCUGGUUAACAAUGGAGAUAUUUAUAUAUGUUACGCCGCAAUCCGAGACGAUACCGUUUCUCUAGCAGAAAUCGACGCCAAAUAUCCCGCAGUAGCUGAUUACGAUGUUAUCGACUGCCUUGUAGAUACUGCUGAACAACUUGGGUUUACAACAAAAAUGGGAAUCAAUUACAGUACCGAUCUAUUCUACAGAAGAGUUUGCAUAGACGACCCUAGAGACAAGUAUACCCUAAACAACAUUGCAGAUACUGAGGAUAAUGAAACAUCAACAGUAUUCGUGUUAUCAUCGCUUUACGGAGCUAAGGCCGGAGCUGUCCUUACUGUCGACGGAUCACCUCUCUUCUGGGGAAACGGUGGUUACGCUUUUGGCGAAGAAUCAGUUGAGAAAGGGAUUGAAAAAACAAUGGUAAUUGGACUUAAAGCAGCAUCGGUUUUGGUCAAAAGGUUUUGUCACAAUUAA